CGAUAUCUUUGCAACCCACACACCACCACUCCCCACCACUCCCCACCAUGCGGCUGAUUCUCACCGGAGCCACCGGUCUGGUCGGGUCGUCCGCCCUCAACCAGCUCCUCGCCCUUCCCGCCGACCAACUCUCCCGCCUCUAUAUUUUGAGUCGCAAGCCCGUGCCCUGGGCCGACCACCACCCCAACGUCACGGUCAUCGACCACCAGGACUUCACGACCUAUAGUCCGCAGUUGCUCGACACCCUGAAAGGGGCCACUGGCUGCAUCUGGGCCCUCGGGGUGUCCCAGACGGAAGUCAACAAGGAGGACUAUGUCAAGAUCACCGUGGACUACCCGCUAGCGGCAGCCAAGGCCUUCGCGACCUUGGCUGACUCCUUCAACUUUGUUUAUGUCUCCGGAGAAGGGGUAUGUGUAUUCCGUACCGAUAUGGAUCCAAGGGGGGGGCAACAUGGCAAGCUGACCCGUGAGCCACAGGCGACCCAGACCCCCGGUCUGUUGACCCCGUUCUUUGGCCGGGUCAAGGGGGAGUGCGAGCAGGCCCUCCUCGAGCUGGCACGGGAGCACCCCAGCCUGCAGCCCUACUCGGUCCGGCCGGCCAUGGUGGAUUCCAUCACCGACCCCCGGGUCCGCGAGGCGCUGCUGCAGCGACCGGCGGAGCGCACAGUGGCCCGACGGGUGUUCCGCGGGGUGGUCGAGCGGGCGAUCCGGGGGGUGUAUGCGCCCGCCGUGUCGCCCACCCCGGAGCUGGGCCGGUUCCUGGCCCGCCUGGCCAUGGGCGACGGGGCCCCCCUGGACGGCCACGGCCUCAGCGGGGCCGGACGCAUCAUUUCCAACGUCGCCUUUCGACGGGAGGUGGGUCUGUGAACGCCUAUUGCAUCAUUAUACACCACCCGGGGUGGCGUCCCGGCGUUGUGUACCAUAUAAGUAGUAACUGCAUGACCAGCAUCAGGCUGGCUUUCGGGAUGAAUGGGACUAGGGAAUCCUUUGUAGUACAAA